AUGGCUGACAGCUCGCCGCCUCCUGCAGCCACGCACAACUCGCCUCGAACAUGGCUCCUGACCGCUGCUUGCUCGCCACUUGCGGUGCGCCUCAUCCGACAGCUUCUCACUCACGGUGACUAUGUUGUCGCAUGCUUGCCUCCUCAUGAAAUCGAAGACGACGAUCGAAGUGCCGAAUUUCGCGACCUCAUCAGCGAGUGCAAAAGUACCAGAAAGGAUCGUGAAGGUUGGAGGAACCGCAUCAGUCCCAUACGAUGUGAUGGGCGCGCAAUUAGCGGCUGUGGUGCCGCUAUUGACGAGGCCGUGCAGGUUUUUGGCCGAAUUGAUAUUCUCCUUUGCUGCAAGUCAGAAGCCGUGAUCGGAACCGUCGAAGAGCUUUCUAAUAGCCCCGGCACCCAAAACCUCGUCCGCGACCAAUUCGAAACCAUCUUCUUCUCGCAGGUCAACUUUAUCAAGGCAGUGCUGCCUGUAUUUCGAGCCCAGCACACCGGUCACAUCAUAGCCUUGACUAGCAUCGGAGGCCAUAUUGGCACUCCUGGCAUGUCAAUCUACACUGCGGCCACAUGGGCGUUGGAAGGGUUUUGCGAUUCGCUGGCGUACGAAGUUGCACCGUUCAACGUCAAGGUGACGAUUGUGCAGCCGAACAAGGAGAUUCAAUCUCUGACCAAUCGCAUCACGUUUGCACCACAAAUCGCAGCGUAUGCACCAAACUACAAUCCGGCACCGAGUGUUCGCGACAUGUUAGUCAAUGUGCUCAACGCAAACCCCAGUACUAUUGUACCUCCUACUCUCGAGGCACCAGACUCGCCAACCACGCCUGAGAAUGACUUGCAAUCCAUCUCGCUGGAACCGGAUGCUGGCGUCGGCGAGAUUCUUCAUCGGUAUCCAGCGCUGCCGCACGCUGCUCUGGACAAGCUGGUCGCCGAGACGGUCCACGCUUUGACAGCGAUCGGUGGGCAUGAAAAUCCGCCGUCACGACACAUUGUAGGGACAGAAGGUGCUUCCGCGGUGCAGGAGAAGCUCAAGACGGUGGUGGAGGAGAUGGAAGACUUCGUAGAUGCGAGUCUUGCUGUUGAUAUUUUCGACAGCGAGCUGAACAAGGAAGCGCGUGAACGGAAGAUGACAAUUGAAUCGCAAGAUCAAAGGCCCUCAUCUGCGUAA